CGCAGCUCCAGUGAGCGGGGUUUGUGUGUAUGUGUGUGUGUGAAUGAGCGGCGGGCGGCAGCAGGUCAGUGAAGAGCUAACGGAUGUGAGACUCCGAAAGCCAGCAAAGCGCUGUAAAUAAACCGGUGAUCGGGACCGGCGCUGGAGCUCAUACCGCCGGGAGAGGCGGAGCAGGAGGCCUCUCUGUGCGGGACUCGGGCGGAGCGGGGCCAUGGCGCGGGAUUAUGAUUACCUGUUCAAGCUGCUCAUCAUCGGGGACAGCGGUGUUGGCAAAAGUAGUUUACUGCUGAGGUUUGCUGAUAACACUUUUUCAGGUAGCUACAUCACCACCAUCGGUGUGGACUUCAAGAUCCGCACAGUGGAAAUAAACGGGGAGAAAGUCAAGUUGCAGAUUUGGGAUACAGCAGGCCAGGAGAGAUUCAGGACAAUCACCUCCACGUACUAUAGAGGCACGCACGGUGUAAUAGUGGUUUACGACGUCACCAGCGCCGAGUCUUUUGUAAACGUCAAGCGCUGGCUGCAUGAAAUCAAUCAAAACUGUGACGACGUUUGUCGAAUAUUAGUGGGCAAUAAGAAUGACGAUCCGGCCUCUAAAGUGGUGGAGACCAACGAUGCACAGAAGUUUGCAGAGCAGAUGGGUAUCCGGCUGUUCGAGACCAGCGCCAAAGAGAACCUCAACGUGGAGGACGUGAGUCUGGCUUUACAGAGACUAGCGAACAUUCAUCACAUUAAACACACAGUUAGAACAAAAAUCAGCAGUCUGUCGUCAUUUACUCGCCUGUUCAAACCCUUCUGUUGAACACUGGUGACGAUAUGCUGGACAAACUGACAUUGUCUUUCAGUGUAUUAUUUGUUCCUAUUAUUGAUGUUAUUGGCUGCUUUUGUCCAGCAUUCUUCAGAAUAUCUUGUGUUCGACAUAAGAAAGUAAGUCAGAAAAUGGUAAACCUUGUAAAUGAGGAGGAAAUUUUGUCAGCGCAGUAGCCCAGUGGUUAGCGUGCAAGCAUAUGGUGCGGAUAUGGGAGCUACAGAUGUUCCGAGUUCGAAUCCUGGCUUGUGGACCGUUCCCGAUCCUACCCCCUCUCUCUUCUACUUCACUUCCUGUCAACCUAUUGUCCUGUCAAAUAAGGGCAAAAAUGCCAAAAAUAAUCUUUAUAAAUAAAUAAAUAAUUAAAAUAAUGAGGAAAAUGUUUAUUUCUGCUAAACUACAAUUAAAACUAAAAUAAAACACACAGACAGGAAAGACAAAAAGUAACAAAUAAGUGUAAUGUAAACAAACCUAAAUAAAGACAAUCUUAAAGGAUCUUUAAUGAAAAUAUUUAAAUAAUUUUUUGUUAACAUAGUACUAAUAAUAAUAAUUAUAUAUAUAUAAAUUAUAAAAUUAUAAUAAUAAUAAUUUUUG